CAACCACCUGCAAUGCGACACCCAGAACGAGGUGGAAGCUAUGGUGGCGAGGGUUCAGCAGUCGGCCCACCAGAUUCACAUGAUCGCGGCCGAUAUGCCGCAUCUACACCGCGGGGACACGGAUAGUGGGGUGUGCAGUUGUUCCGUGAGCGGCUCAGUUACCAACAUAUCGACGUCAUCGUCGCACAAUGAAUCUCUCCAUAAUCAUCAGUUGUUGAAUAAUACAGGUCCAAUAUACGGUAACCUGCUAUCGUCAGGGGGCAAGCCCCUGUCGUCCCCUACCGCGCGUCAGCAACAACAACUGGCGGCGAUACAGGCUGCCAAUGCCAGGCGGAUGCCGCCAGAAGUGCCAAAGAGGACCAGCAGUAUUACCCUCAAUGCUGAAAGUCCAGUAUCGCUCCGCCGCGCCGAAUGCGGAGGAGCAGUAGUACGAGGAGGAUCGAUGUCCUCGGUCCAGUCCUCGUCAUCGUCAUCGUCGCAGGAGCACCGCCAUCAUUACCACCAGCCGUACCAGCAGAGGGCUCCGGAGCCUCACAUCCACAUCCAAGAGCAGCACUACCAAGGCCACCAGCGCACGGCAUCUGGCUCCGCCUACGAGGGCGUGGCCGCGCCAGUCCCCGCCCCCGGAUUCCCCGUGUGGAAGCGACAGGACGCGCCCCCGUACUACGAAGCGCCACCGCCGGCGGUAUGCUGUCGCCCGCAUGAUAGACACCCGCCCACCCACCACCAACAGCCCAAGGUUUCCGAAACAGUCCGCAAACGUCAAUACCGCGUGGGGCUCAAUCUGUUCAACAAGAAGCCUGAGCGUGGCGUGGCUUACCUCAUAGCUAGGGGGUUCCUAGAGAACUCCCCUCGGGGAGUUGCUCGCUUCCUCAUCACGCGCAAGGGGUUAAGCAAGCAGAUGAUCGGGGAGUACUUGGGCAACCUGCAGAACCCGUUCAACAUGGCUGUGCUAGAAUGCUUCGUCAACGAGCUAGACCUCUCCGGCAUGGCGGUCGACGUGGCUCUUCGAAGAUACCAGGCCCACUUCCGACUACCUGGUGAAGCUCAGAAGAUCGAGCGGCUGGUGGAAGCCUUUGCCCGCCGCUACUGUAUUUGCAAUACUGACUUUGUGCAGCGGCUGAGGACUCAGGAUACGAUCUUCGUGCUAGCCUUCGCGAUAAUAAUGCUGAACACAGACCUCCACACACCCAACUUGAAGCCCGAAGCACGAAUGUCGCUGGACGACUUCGUACGGAACCUCCGAGGGAUCGACGACUGUGGGGACAUUGACAGAGACAUGCUGGCUGGAAUAUACGAUAGGGUCAAGUCGAGCGAGUUUAGGCCGGGAAGCGACCAUGUCACGCAGGUGAUGAAAGUGCAAGCCACGAUCGUGGGCAAGAAGCCACACCUGGCGCUUCCGCACCGACGCCUGGUCUGCUACUGUCGCCUGUACGAGAUACCGGACAUACACAAGAAGGAACGGCCUGGCGUGCAUCAGAGAGAGGUGUUCCUAUUCAACGAUCUGCUGGUGAUAACGAAGAUAUUCAGCAAGAAGAAGUCUUCUGUGACGUACACGUUCCGCCAGUCGUUCCCUCUCUGCGGAAUGCUUGUAAACUUGUUCUCAGUGCCGCACUAUCCAUUCGGCAUCCGCCUAUCCCGCCGCGUGGACGGCCGUCGCCUAGCAACCUUCAACGCGCGUAACGAACACGACCGCUGCAAGUUCGCUGAGGACCUGCGCGAGAGUAUUGCUGAGAUGGACGAAAUGGAAGCCAUGAGGAUCGAGGGCGAACUCAACAGAGGGAAGGGAAGGGGCACAGGAAACAAUAGGAAUGUAAUGGAAAAUCGUGACAGCGGAGUGGCGGACGUUGAGAUCGACCACCAGCAAUGCAUGGACCACGUCCAUGUUCAUGGAGUGGUAGUACCACCACCGCCGUCCGGGCCGGCUCCGGCGGCGCCGUCGCGGCUGCCACACAAUCCGCCUCCCACCACCAUCAUCAAGCGGAACGUGCUCUCUAACUCGCUCGUGGACAUAAACGACCCAGUGGCUCUAGCAGCUGAAAGGCUGCAAAGGCGGGGCUCCGUGGGUUCCCUGGACAGCGGCAUGUCGGUGUCGUUCCAGCAAGGCAGCCGCAACGCACUGCACGCCACAUCACCACGUCAUCCUGGGGAACAGAGGUCACCUGGUAAGUUUGGAGUUCCCAUAGAACAGAAUCUUAACAGUGGCUUUG